UUUCGCUGCAAUUGUCACCAGUUCAUCAGAGCAAUCGAUCCAUCAACAUGAGGUACUCUUGCGUUCUCCUUCUCCUGGCCGUGCUCGGCUGUGUCCUCCUGCAGGAGACCAGGGCCACUGGCACCGCCACCACAACGGUGGCUGCUACCACAACCGCGACAACCUCAGCAUCGGCAGCUACCACAACCACCUCCGCAGCGGCAACCACCACUACGGCCGCCUCAGACACGACCACAACCACAGCCGCAACCACCACAGCAGCCUCGACAUCUGCGGGCAAGAAGAAGGUGCGCCACUACAAGCGGAGGAUCCACGGGGGCAAGAAGAGGAUCGUGCGCCGCGAGAACAGGAACAGGAACAGGAAAAACAGAGAAUAACCCUGAUGCCUGAGACAAUGAUGCGAAUCCCGGAACCCAUGCUGACCCCUAACGAAUGCCUGAUAAAAUAGUUUUUUUUUUGGUGUAAUUUCAUAAGUACAUAUUGGGAAUGUCCCUUGGAUGUUCUCUAACCUUAAGGCACAUAUAAAAUUGUUUAACAAAA